UCAACUAGGAUUCCACCCGAGCAAUUGGCGAUGAAAGCAACUUCGAUAUGGACAUGGAUUCUCAUCGUCUGCAUCUGCAAGGCAUCAUCAGUGCAGAGCCAAUACUACUCGGAGAGAAGACCAUAUGAUCCCAAGGCGGAGAAGCUCACCAAUCUUCACUUCUUUUUGCAUGAAUCUGUCGGCGGUCAAAACGCUACAGGAGUGGUAAUAGCCCAAGCUAACACCACAAGCAACAACUCAACCGUCCCGUUCGGUACCUUAUAUGCCGUCGAUGAUCUCCUCCAGACAGGACCUGAGCCUAACUCGGAGGUGAUUGGAAACGCUCAGGGACUUGCCGUCGUUGCCGGAAUAAAUUCAAGGACCGCAGUGAUGUACAUGGAUUUCGGGUUUACUACGGGUGAGUUUAACGGCAGCUCUAUAAGCAUAUUUUCAAGGAAUCCGCUAAUAAUGGCGGAACGUGAGAUUGCGGUGGUAGGAGGAAGAGGAAAUUUAGGAUGGCAAAAGGGUUUGCACUACUUAACCCUUACGUGUUAAAUGCCACCACCGUCAUUAUUCAAUUUAACGUCACUGUAAUUCAUUACUAAGAUGAUAUUUGACUCAUUCUCUUGGAUAUUGUGCAAAGUUCAUAUGUG